GAACCAACAACAACGACAGAAAAAACUCUUUGAUGGAGUUUGAACCGAAAAGCUAGUAAUUUUAGCCAUGGCAACGUCAGUCUCUCGGUCGGCAACAGCGCCAAGUCUUCAUCAUCUCUUUCGAUCACGCAACGCAGCGGCGUCGUUUAGAGCGCCGGUCGUGUGGGUGCUGAAAACGGCGUCGUUGGAGGGGGGCAGUUCGGUGAGUGGAGGCCAAGAUGAUGAGUUGUAUCGUGCUCCGAGCUUGCUUCGAAAGCCCGUGGUGAUUAAUGGCGACACGGCCGUAUCGGAUGAGAAAGAUCGGUCGGAGCCGGAUGAACAAUGGGAGGAUUGGGAAGAUCGGAUCUUGGAAGAAACUGUGCCUCUCGUUGGUUUUGUUAGAACUGUCCUUCACUCUGGAAAAUAUAAGGUUGGGGACAGACUAAGACCUGAGCAUCAGAACAUAAUUCUUGAGAGGCUGCUUCCUUAUCAUCCCGAAUACGAGGCAAAAAUUGGCUGCGGAGUCGAGUCAAUCACGGUAGGUUAUCAUUCAGAGUUCAAAGGGACAAGGUGUUUGUUUAUUGUUAGGAAGGAUGGUCAGCUAGUUGAUUUCUCAUAUUGGAAAUGCAUGAAGGGCUUGAUCAGGAAGAAGUAUCCUCUCUUUGCCGACGCUUUCAUUCUCCGACACUUUCGACAACGCAGGCGCAAUACAAAGAAUUGAAACUCUUGACAGAAACCAUAUUUUGGCCCCGGUUUUAUUUUCCCUAACGUGAAACGACCGUUGAUUAAGAAAAGUUUUUCAUGGCUACGAGAAAACACUCUAGUUGUUUUCAGAAAAUUGGCCCCUUUAAAUAGACUCACCGUCUGUAAGCUCAUAUGAGAAGGAGAAUUGAGCUUCCCUAAGUUGCUCUACAUGGGAUUGUUUCAUGGCUCAAUAGUAACUUUGUUUGAGACCCCAAUUUCUAAAGCAUGUAUGGGAAACUGAUUAUGUAAACAAAUUCAUUAUAUGUCGAAUUGUCUACUGCUUUGUAUCUAGUAUUUUUCUUUGGGAAAAUCUUUUUCUAUUUCCCCACGUACAUAAAGAGUUUCCUUCUAAAGACAGCUCAAUUUUUGAAGAAAAUAUUGAGUAAAAGAAUUUUAUUUUAGGCUCCAGGGUUUUUGCCUGCAUAUCU